AUGCCCAGAGGAAAGACGACCAACCCCUCAGGCAGAUGCAAUAGGUGUGCUGGGAUUCUUUAUGUCGAUCUGGUGGAACACUUCAAGAAGAGACACAAGGGAGAUCGAUUCACCAAGGAUGAUAUUUCAGACACGGAGGUGGUGCAUCUCUCCUUGAAGCAUCCCCCUUGGAGAUCCACUCUAAAGACCCCCAGUCGUUUCAGCAGUCCGCUCAGCUCGGCGCACUCUGCAUCUGGCCAUGUCCCACCAGCUAACUCCACGUCAUCCCCUCUGAGUUCAGUCGUGGGAACGCCCAGUCUGAGUCCUGCAAGUACCCGUCGGUCAUCUCAGUCUCUGUCACCCAACGGUCUGUCCAUCAACCACUUGCAGAUCAACAGCUCACCACUCACUCCCACCCGUAGGUCCUCCUCCAGAGUUACCAAUCCCGUCCUCUAUGUAUACGAUGAGGCGGAUGAUGACGUAUUCAGUCAUGGUCAGGAGACGGAAGUGUAUGAAGAGGACGGGGCUGGUAAAGAAGUAGAAGAAGAUGACGACGACGAGGAGGAGGAGGAGGAGGAGGAGGAAGAGAUCGAGGAUGAGGCUUAUUGGGAGAGAAAGCGGGCCAAGGAGAUCGAGGAUGCAGCCCAGGAUGGGGAUGACAGACCAUGGUCCGAUGAAGAGAAUGAAGAGGAACGAUCAGUGAUGAGUGACGAUGGAUCAUAUCAAUGGCAGCCAGAAGAAGAUGAAUCGGACCAAGGGGGAUGGAUAUAG